GAAAAUCAUGUUUUAGAAUAAAUGCCCCUUCCUGGAUCCUGCCACUGCCCUAUCUUCAGCAGCAGAUAAGCACACAAAGGAGAAAGCAGCCGCCCAACUACCUCUCUGCUAGAAGAGCUUAGAAGAACUUGGUGGAACAGCUUAUUGGAUUCAACUAAAAAUGGAAAGCGUGAAUUCAGAAGAUGCAUCAAAUUCUACAAAAGACACCAUCAUAAAGGAAAAGACACUUCUAAAAGGAAAAUGGCUACAGCUUGAGGAAACUACAUAUGUGGACCAUGAAGGAAAAACCAGAACAUGGGAGACUGUGAAACGUACAACCAGAAUAAAAGGAAAUGCUGUAGACGGUGUAGCAAUUAUACCAGUACUACAGAGAACUCUUCAUUAUGAAUGUAUGGUGCUCAUAAAACAGUUUCGGCCUCCUUUAGGCUGCUAUUGCCUGGAAUUCCCAGCAGGCCUUAUUGACGAGAAUGAGACUACAGAACAGGCAGCACUUCGAGAACUGGAGGAAGAAACUGGAUACAAAGGAGAAGUUAUGGAAUGCUCUCCUGUGUCUUGCUUGGAUCCUGGAUUGUCAAAUUGUACAACCUAUGUUGUAACUGUGCACAUUAACGGGGAUGAUUGUGCAAAUGGCAAACCUAAACCCAAGCUUGCGGAUGGAGAAUUUACAGAAACUAUCUUGAUACCGAAACUUGAGCUGCGCAAGCGCAUUGAUGAGCUUGUGGCAAAAGAGAAGCUGGUGGUUGAUGCAAGAGUCUACACGUAUGCCUUGGCUCUGGAACAUGCUGUUGCUAAGCCUUAUGAGCUACCAUUCCUAAAGGGUUAGGGUCACUAGUUUGUAACCUUCAUAUCCAGACAUGGCACUUAAUGUUUACAUCUUUGAAUUGCACAACAGCAGCAGCCCUUCUGAUGUGUCACUAACAUAGUGCUAAUGCACUUCACAUUUUUAUUUCAAUAUUCCAUCCACUAUAGAACACUCAUUUCGAUAUAAAAAAACAUUUAAAAUUCAAAAUUCACAACGCCUCAAAAGCAUUCGACGUGAAAAUGAACUGGAACAUUUCUGUAGAGAUUGAUUAUACAUUCUACAAGCAUGUGGCUUUGCUUUUGCAUGACUAGAAAUAGGUUUGACAAAUACAGUGAAGCAGUGUAAUCUUAGCUCAGAUGCAGCAGUACACUUUAUUUGCAAUUUGUCCCUAACCAAAUUGGUACAUUUUCUGAAGUAUUUAUGAAGGAUUGCAUUGUCAGAGGAAAUCGGUGGAAGUGAAUUUGCUGCCUUCAGUUUUGAACCAAUAUAAAAAUCAGUAACUUUUUUAUUAUUGUCUGCAUUCGAUUUAGGAUUAGUUGGUAACGUAAAGGUUUACCCUUUAACUGUUUGACCAGUUCUACAAGAAAAGACCAUUAUUUUUGUCUGCCUUCAAAGGUGUCUUACCAUUUUGAUCAUUUAGAAAAUAAGAUAAAAAUAGCAUGUGUUGUGUGCUUACUGUCAAGGCCUGUAGCAAUGUUAUCCAUGUUGUCACGUUAAUUUCUGUUGCAUUACUCACCUUUUGCUAAAGGUUACAUAUGGGUAUUAAUGUCGGACCAAAAGGAAUCAAUGGAGGAAAAUGUAAUAAAAUGAUGGGACAGCUUCUGCUUUUUUUACUCAUCUAUAUACUUUGAUAACAUGAUUUCUACCUCCCAAGUCUAUGAACUGUAUGCUGUCUAGAACAGCUUUUCUCAACCUUUUUUACCCUGAAUAACUCUUGAAAUAAUUUUCAGGUUCUUGCUAAAAAGUUUUUUUUAGAUUCUUGCUAAUAAGGCUUGCACCUACAGCUUAUGGUACAUUAGUGUUGUCAAUAAGUUUUAGUUCAAUAAGUUGAACAAUUUGUUUUCUAUAUGCUUUGUUUUUCUACAUUCCAUCGCCUAUGUUCACACCAUACUGUACCAUGCAGUGGUAUGCAGAAAGAUGCAGCUUGCCAAAUAUGGUGUGAACAAGCCCUUAAAUAAAAAGUUAAGGUAAAGUAAGGCACCUAGUGUAUUUGACACUCGAGGCAUAUUUAUUUUCUUAACCAACCCACUAGAUUUAUUUAAUUUUUUGAAAUUUUCUGGAAAUGAAAAGAAUGGCAGAUGGUAAAAAUUGUGGCAUGCUUUAACAUUAGUGGUCUGUGUAGUAGUGACCCCUUGCAUUGGUGGUUAGUAGAAAACUUCAUGCUUGCAUUGGAGGUCCAUAUACUGUAGAUGGAAGAUCAGUCCACCAUUGUUCACUGUUCCAAGGAACCCUGGUUGAGAAAAACUAGUCUAACAGCCUAAAAUCUAGACUUUAACAUUCUUAAUAGCAUUUAAAUGCACAUGUUUUUGAACUUUUUAUAAUAAACUAUUUGCUGGUAAAAAA